AUGCUGGUGGUCCUCUUUGUGUCCUCUCGGUGUGCCGCCAAAUGCUCCUACCCCUUCUUCAGCCCCCAAAUCCCUUCUCAGCUCCAUCACACACCAAUCCACCGCAGCCUUAAAUCCCCGUCCGUCCCCGGUCUCUCCCCGUCGCCCGGGGUGGGCCGUUCCUAUUCCCGUUCUCGUCUCGCUGCCCCUUUCUCCGAGGGAGCAGCGUCGGGCGGUGCCGGCCCGGCCACGUACGCGGGUCGCAGGCGGAGGAAGCCGGUGCAGCGGGCGUCGCUGCCGGGCCUGGCUGAAGGCGGCGGCUCCAACCCGUCCAAGCGGCACCGGGAGCGGCUGAACCAGGAGCUGGAGCGGCUGGCGGGGUUGCUGCCCUUCCCCCCCCACGUGGUGACGGGGCUCGACAGGCUCUCGGUGCUGGUGCUCCGCCUCAGCGCCGGCUUCCUGCGUGCCAGGAGCUUCUUGGGCGGUAAGGACCUCAGUCACGGCCUGCCCCGCUCGCCAUUCCUGCCUGGAACUCAUCAUGGCCUGUACCUGCUGAUUUCCUCUCUCCUACAGGCUCUCAAUGGCUUCAUGCUGGUGGUGACAUCAGGAGAACUGAUAUUUUAUUCCUAACAUACACUCCAGGACUAUCUGGGAUUUUGUCAGACAGAUGUCAUCCCCCAGAGCAUCUUUGAACUGAUCCACAUCGAGGACCAGCCAGAGUUUAGGUGCCACCUCCACUGGGUCCUGGGCCCACCAGGCACUCCCAAGGGUGAGCCUUCUCCAGCAGUGGGGAAGAGUCUUGGCUCUUCUGCUGCUAUCUACAAGCCAGAGUAGCUGCCCCCAGAAAACUCCUUCAUCCUGGAGAGGAGCUUUGUGUGCCACUUUCGCUGCCUCUGGGAUAAUUCCUCUGGCUUCCUGGCUUUAAACCUUCAAGGCAGGCUAAAAUUCCUUCAUGGGCAGAACCAAAGGUCUGAAGAUGGCUCUGUCCUGCCCCAGCUUGCUCUGUUCACCAUCUCCAUGCCCCUGCAGCCCCUGUCCCUCCUGCAGAGCCAAACCAAAACCAUGAUCUUCAGGACCCAGCAUAAACUGGACUUCACCCCCUUGGCGUGUGAUGCCAAAGGGAAGAUCGUCCUGGGCUACACGGAGGCAGAGCUGCAGAUGUGUGGGACUAGGUACCAGUUUGUCCAUGCUGCUGAUACACUGUACUGUGCUGAGAACCACGUCAUGAUGAUGAGGACAGGAGAGAGCAGCUUGACGGUGUUCCAGCUGCUGACCAAGGACAACCACUGGAAGUGGGUGCAGGCCAAUGCACGGCUUGUCUACAAGAACAUCAAACACAAGUGCAUCAUGGUCACACAGAGACCCCUCGUAGAUGAAGAAGGAGGAGAGCACCUUCAGAAGCGUUCCAUGCAUCUUCCCUUUACCUUUGCUACAGGCGAGGCGCUUCUAUACCAGAGUGCUCACCCUUUCCCAGGCUUCCCUGAUCCUUUCCAGAGCAAAGGGAAGCCCUGCAAGCCCAAGAAGCCCUCCUGCAGCCAUGUAGGGCAUUCCCAGAAGAACAGCAUCAACCCCAGGUCCCUGCUGGGCACUGUGAUGCAACAAGAUCAGGCAGUGUAUGCCUCCCACCCACCUCCUACCCCAAACCCUUCCUUCAGCAGCACUUUCCAGCUUGGGGCUGUGUCCUUGCCAGGUGCAGGAGGGGGUGCCUGGAGUAUGGGCACAGCUCCAGCCUCUUCAAGUGGCAAUAGCCUCCAAGAGAAGCUGCUGAGUUUGCAGCAGGAGGACCCUGUCUUGGCCACCAUGAACUUGCUCUCAGUUAAGAGUGGUGAGAGCUGUUCCAAUGAGAUCUUCAGUGCGUUGGAGGGCCUGGGCUUGAGUGCUGAGGACCUGGAUCUCCUGCUUCUGGAUGAGAAAAUGGUGAUGGUCAUUGUGGACCCAGAGCAAUCCCCAUCUCUGAACGACAACCUAGUCAGCAAGCAGAUUCUCUCCAUGCCCAGCCCUCCAGUGGAUAAGCAUGAGGGAGAGCAGCCACCCCCCAGCGUCUGUGGUUUGUCCAGCUCUCCCAUGGGACUGCCCUGA